AUGUAUACCGAAGAAGUGGCAGCCAAAUUAAAAACAGUGCAUGGAAAUCCGAAUAUUUCGCAUUGGAGCCUAGAUCAUGGAUAUGAAAGUGAUGUGAAUGAAAAUGGAUAUCCACACCGUGUAUUCAGUACAAAUCCAAGACGAUCAUUGCGUUGUCACUUGUCGGUCAACACAGAUGAUCAAUUUGUUUGCAAAAAGGGCCUAGGAUACCAAGUAUUCCUGAAUGUUCCAGGCGAAGUCAUACAUACUCGAAGUUUUCCCAUUAAUAUUCAAUUUUCGCGGCGAGAAAUAAUUCGAGUCAAACCGAAAUUGAUAACAACAACCGAAAACUUACGCAAUUAUGCACCAAAUCAACGUCAAUGUUUUUUUGAUUCAGAGCGUCGACUACGUUUUUUAAAAUUGUAUACACAAAAUAACUGUGAAGCGGAGUGUUUGGCCAACUACACUAAGAGUGUUUGCGGAUGCGUCAAAUUUCAUAUGCCGAGAGAUGAAGAUACGAAAAUUUGUGGAGCAGCUAGUAUAACAUGUUAUGCAACGGCGGAGUGGAAUCUGUAUGGUGACGAUAUAAUUGUUGGUAUGAAAGAUCAAGAUGCUCGCAAAUUUCGUGAAAAUUGCAACUGUUUGCCUGCCUGCCAUCAUAUUGCAUAUGAUGCCUCAUUCGCAGCAGGCAGAGCACUUGGAGAUAUUUCAGACAAGAUGGUUUCGGAAGUCAUCGUACUGUUUCGCGAACCACAAAUUAUAACACUACAACGAACACCAUUGUAUACAUUGACUGACUUUUUAGCCGCCUGCGGUGGCUUGCUUGGUUUAUUUUUGGGCAUUUCUGCAUUGAGUGUUGUCGAAUUCGUCUAUUAUUUUACGCUUCGAUUGUUUUGGACUUUUCGUCAAUCAAGAGACAACCAUUUUUCGGUUAAUAUAUCACUGCAACAAGAACGAAUCAAAAGCAUUUCCAUUGACAUACCAAACUACUAA